ACCGCCGCAGGCAGAGCCGCGCCGCGCCGCCUCGUGACGUAGACUUGGAAGCCCAGCGAGCAGCCGCGCCCCGUCCAGUCCGCCAGUGUCGGCUCGUCAUGGCCCCGUGCCCCGCCGACGCGCGUUCCCACUAGCCAGAACAGCAAGUGUGUGACAGUUCCGCCGCCAGUGAAGUGUCCGGCGCUCCCAUCGCCCCAGCAGACACGGGCUCGCGUCCGCCGUUCUUCUCCCCCGACAUCGCCAGCGACAGUCGCAGAGCGUCAAGAUGAUGGCCGGAGGCAUCGCCGUCGGCGACGGCUCGUGGAACCUGCGCGUCUGCGUCACCGACCUGAGCGUGGAGCGCACGCUGCGCGUCAAGGGCGACCUGCACGUCGGCGGCGUCAUGCUGCGCCUCGUCGAGGACCUAGGCAUCGCCAACGACUGGUCGGACCACGCGCUGUGGUGGCCGGCCCGCAACGUGUGGCUGUCGCGCACGCGCUCCACGCUCGACCAGUACGGCGUGCAGGCGGACGCGCUGCUCGACUUCACGCCGAUGCACAAGACGCUGCGCGUCCAGCUGCCCGACCUGCGCUACCUCGACUGCCGCGUCGACUUCUCCAUCAAGACCUUCAACGCCGUCGUCAACCUCUGCAAGGAGCUCGGCAUCCGGCACCCGGAGGAGCUGUCGUUCUGCAAGCCGCUGGAAGCGAACCACCUCAAGUACAACCUGAAGGACAUGCCGUGCGCCAAGAAGCGGUCGCAGGGCGACACGCGGGCCUCGAACGGAGUGCCGGCCGACACGAACACGUUCGUGGCGGCGCAGGGCGGGGGGCCCAGCCCGUCGGGCUCGACGGGCAGCCUGGAGCGCGGCGGGGGCGGCGGCCAGCCCUUCCUGUGCGCGCCCGUCACGCCGCACCGCGCCGCCCACAACGUGCACACCUCGCCCAUCGGCUCGCCCGUCACACCGACGGGAACAUGGAAGCGCAACAAUCCUUCGCCGGGCUUCACGGACCUGAAUGGGACGUACUCCCCAAAUGCAAACACGAGCGUGUCACUGGAGAUGCUCAACGGUAGCCUCGACUCUUCGCUGGCUCACAGUCCGGCACACCCCAGCCCUGAGGUGCGCGCCAGGCAGCUGCGACCCCGCAGUCUGGUGGAGCGUGCACGCAUGAAUGUCGCGUGGCUAGACUCGUCUCUAUCAAUUAUGGAACAGGGUGUCCGUGAAUUUGACACGCUUUGCUUGAGAUUCAAAUUCUAUUCAUUUUAUGACCUUAAUGUGAAAUAUGAUGCAGUCAGAAUCAAUCAAAUAUAUGAGCAAGCCAAGUGGCAGCUGCUAAAUGAAGAAAUUGACUGUACUGAAGAAGAAAUGCUGAUGUUUGCAGCCCUACAGGUGCAAGUGACACUUCAGUCCAGUGUGCCACAGCCAGCAAUGGAUAACAGCAACAAUGUAAUAGAGGAUGAUAUUGAUGCAGCCCUCACAGAUCUCCAAGUGACACUUGAGGGCACAUAUAUCAACAACACUCAUGAUGACAUCACUCAAGUGCCAGAGCUAAAUGACUAUCUUCGGUUUCUAAAACCAAAACGUUUUACACUAAAGGCAUUUAAGAAGUAUUGGUUUACAUGUCGAGAUCUACAUCUAGCAUACUACAAAAGUCAUGAAGAUGCACACACAGGACAGCCAAUACAAAAAAUUAAUCUAAGGGGCUGCGAAGUAACUCCUGAAGUUAAUAUUGCCCAAGGAAAAUAUGGAAUAAAACUGGAAGUACCAAGUGCAGAAGGAAUGACAGAAAUGUGGAUUAGAUGUGAUUCUGAAGACCAGUAUGCAAGAUGGAUGGCAGCAUGUAGACUAGCUUCCAAAGGGCGUUCACUUGCUGACAGUUCAUAUGAGGCAGAAGUUAAAUCCAUAGAGGCUUUCCUACAGAUGCAGCAUCCUGCACCUGCACCUGCAAUAAACCCAUCUUCACUGGAUAUUGUACCAGAAGACUAUGUCGCACCACGAUUUUCUCGCAAGCUUAAAGGAAAGCUUGUUCAAAGAAUUUUGGAGGCUCAUGCCAAUGUGAAAGAUCUGCCACUCAUUGAAGCAAAAAUGAAUUACAUCAAAGCUUGGCAGUCACUUCCUGAAUAUGGAAUCUCACUGUUUAUUGUGAAAUUUAUGGGCCACAAGAAAGAGGAAUUGCUUGGAGUUGCUUACAACAGGUUAAUGAGAAUGGAGAUCAACACUGGAGAUCACAUCAAAACUUGGAGAUACAAUACAAUGAAGGCAUGGAAUGUUAACUGGGAAGUUAAACACAUGAUGGUCCAGUUUGAAGAGGAAAACAUUAUUUUCAGUUGUCUCUCAGCUGACUGCAAAGUUAUCCAUGAAUUCAUUGGAGGAUAUAUAUUUUUGUCUAUGAGAUCCAAGGAAGCAAAUCAGACACUCAAUGAAGAAAUGUUCCACAAAUUGACUGGUGGGUGGGUCUGAGUCACCAACUAGAACAUUUUUUUACGUAAAUGCAAGACACAAGUAAACAUGCAACAAGGUGCCUUCUACAACUGUGAACAUAUAUAUGAUCAAAGUUGAAAUAAGACAUUUAAUAUGAGCUUUGGCAACAUUAUUUUUAAAAGAGAAGUAUUUUUAAUGUUUGAAAAUUUUGAAGUUUAAAUAAAGUUUACUGUAACAAAGAGCAAUAAUAUAUUUCAAAUUGUUGGAUGUUCAUCAGGCUGGUUUUUUUAAAUGAGACUUGCCAUUAUUAUAUUGUAAUGUUGGCUUCAUGUUUUUUCUUGUUGUUGCAUUAGGUUUGGUUUAAGAAUCUGAUAAAAAAUCAGCUACAAGAGCUUACUAACCAAAUAAGAUUCAGUCUCAAAUUGGUGAUACAGCUAGGAAGUAACUGCAAAUAUGUUUAUUUCUUUAAUGAAAUUUCUUAAGAGAGAGAGAGAGAGAGAGAGAGAGAGAGAGAGAGAGAGAGAGAGAGAGAGAGAGAGCGGUGCUUGUGUUGCAACAACCUCAUAAUAAAAAAUAAAAUGAACAGUUUCCUUAGUAAUGUGUUAUAUCCAGUGAUAGGUGAAAUUGACUCCAUAGGACAGUUGUUUUCAGUGUUUGUCACAUUCAGUGAUCAGCCAGUGACUAUUGUUCUCCUAUAUUCACGAGCUGUGUGUAGCAAUAUUUAUGGUAGUUACCAUUAUGAUUCUGUAACUCAGAAGAUUUCCUGAUAAAAAGUCUACAAAUGAGGUUUGAUGUAAGAUUUACCUAGAAUCGAAAAUGUAUUUUUUUUUUUUCUGUUCACCAGAGAAUUUAUGGUCCUGUGAAAGAUUAUGGACAAAACAUUUUCAUUAAUUUCAUCAGUUCAUUUUGUAAUGUAUUAUGCAAAUGAAUUGUAAAAGAAAAGGAUGGGAUGAGUCAAAGAUGUUGUAUUUGGAGAUUCAUAAGAUAUUUUAGGUUCUGUGGCUUGGAUUUUGCUUUUUAAUUACUGUUUAUCUUAGUUUCACGCCUUUAACAAAAGAACACACCAAGCACCCUGAUUCUGAAGACCAGUAUAAGACAUGUCAAAUGUUGUCAUACAACACUUUGUUCGAAGUACACUUCAUUUAAACUGACAAUGGUCACUAACGACAUUUCAGUGGGAUUACUGCAAUUAGGCAUCAAUAAUGAAAUAGAACCUAGUAAAGCAAACACAGAACCUGAAAUGCAAUGUGUAUGAGUAAACAAAUUAUCUAAGUGUAAUCACCUUUUCAUUACACAGAAAAUUUUCUCUGUCAGUAAUGUCAUUCCCAUCCAAUAUGCACAGGUAAUGCACAAGAAUAUUUCUAAAUUUGGUGACAGUUGUUUACAGUCAUUACUUGGAAAAUACAUUAUUUCAUUCAAAGUUCUUAAUUUUCUAAUAAUAAAUGCAAUAAUAAUAAAAUAACUUAAUGUAUAAGAGUUUGAUAAUGUUAUGAGCAAAACCUGUAAAUGAUAACAUCAAUUCCCGGAAAUGAUUAUAGCGAAUUAUAAUGAAAGAGAUAUUCUGAUUAAUUGUAUUAGUGAACAGUGUUUAUAUGUAAAUAUAUUUAACAUAUUGUAACAUAAAUUUGAAGUAAAUUGUUAUUUAUAUUUGUUAGAUUUUGGUGUAUACCUGUUAAAAUAUGGCAUUUUAUAUUCCUGUUAAUGUAACUGUUACAAUUGUAAGUACUUGGAACAUAAAUAAAAAAAUGUACACAUGAAAGAGCAUCAUGUAUGGUAACAGUGAGAAUGGAAGCAACAGAAAUAAUUACUUAGCAUUUGUGUGAAAAUGUAAACAGUAGUAAGAUUCCUCUAUAUACUGAGCUGACAUCCACUUCUCGAAGACCAUUUAAGUGUACUUAUACAGAGACCAAAGAAGCAAAAUGUAAAUGGAACAGUAUUUUGUGAUGUUACAGCACUUUUGAAUAAAGCGUAAUAACAACAGUUUA